AUUAUUAUGGAACCUUACGAUUACGUCUCGGCACUGCCCUCAAAAGGUCUAAGAAAGGGCUUGCUCGACGCCUUGAACAGCUGGUACUGCUUACCAGAGAAGCCACUCGCUGCUAUUGAAAAAAUAGUUGAUAUCGAGGAUGGCAGCUCAGAGAGACGUGGAAAGCCUGCCUCUCAUAUCAUUUUUGGUGCCAGCAAGACUAUUAACUCUGCCGAUUUCAUGAUGAUAACUUGCCUCGAGAAAGUAUCCCUUUUGGAAAACAAAGCCUGCUUGGCUGCUUAUAUUGAGGAGAUGAAGGAGAUAUACGUUGGCCAGGGACUUGAUCUUCACUGGACACAUCACUCAACUCCGCCCACCAAGGAUCAAUACUUUCUAAGUAUUAAGCAAAAAACUGGAGGACUUCUUCGACUAAUGGCUAGACUCAUGCAUGCCUGCUCCAUUGACACUAGAUCAUCGAGCGCAAUUGCAACCGAUGCUUCCGAUAGCUUAGCAAAGAUCAAUCAAUUGAUGAUCAUGAUUGGUCGCUAUUUCCAAAUUCGUGAUGACUACAAGGAUGUUGUCUCCGCAAAAGAUGAUAUAGUCUCUGGAAUUCAAGCUGAUCUCGACCAAGGCAAUUUUAUUCUUCCUCUCUUGCAUCUCUUGUCCCAACAGAAAACUAUCCACAGUACACAGCUACUCAGCCUCAUUCAAGCUCGCGAAGAAGUCAAAGGAAUGUCUCUUGCCAUGAAGGGUCAUAUUUUGGAUAUGCUGGAGAAUGCGGGAAGCUUGGAGUAUACGAGAAAAGCAUUGGAGAAGUUGUAUGAGGAAAUAUUGGGGAAGUUGAAAGAUAUUGAGUCGGACUUUAGAGGUGAAAAUGCGGAACUGAGGCACAUCUUGGCUAAGAUCAAGCUGUGA